UUGACCUGCUAACUUAUAAUAUUUAGUGUAUUGGACUGCAUUUAACUACACAGUCCAUCACCCCCAAAGCAUUUUGGUCUGCAAAUCAAGAAUUAACCCUUAAAUACUUCCCUCUCACAUGGCUUUUGUUCUGUGAGUCUGUGACCAUAAAUCUCUCUCUCUCUCUCUCUCUCUCUCUCUCUCUCAGUGACCAUAGACAGAGACGAUGCAACAGCCAGACGAACCAUGAAAACCGUCGAUCUCCGCCGCCAUUUCUGGCCAGGAAACUUACCUUUAGCCAUCGUUUUAUCCGUCAUUCUCUGUGUUCCCUCUCUUGCCCUCAACACCGACGGCGUUCUCCUCCUUUCUUUCCGAUACUCCGUCGUCGACGACCCUCUCUCCACCUUACAGACCUGGAGAUACGACGACAUCACGCCGUGCUCCUGGCAUGGCGUCACGUGCGAUAACUCCUCUCACGUGACCGCCCUGUCUCUACCGAGCUCUUCCCUCCUGGGUUCCGUCCCUUCCGAUCUGGGCACUCUCCCUGCGCUCCAAAGACUCGAUCUUUCCAACAAUUCCAUCAAUGGUUCUUUGCCGGUUUCACUUUUCAACGCCACGGAGCUUCGGUUUCUUGAUCUGUCGAAUAAUCUGAUCUCCGGCGAGUUACCGGUGAGUUUUGGCGGGCUACAGAAUCUUCAGGUGCUGAAUCUCUCGGACAACGCUCUCGUCGGGAAGUUGCCGGCGAGUAUAUCUUCGCUUGGGAACUUGACGGUUGUUUCACUGAAGAACAAUUAUUUCUCCGGCGAGAUUCCGGGAGGGUUUAGGACCGCUGAGUUCCUUGAUCUGUCUUCGAAUCUCAUCAAUGGUUCUCUCCCGACGGAUUUUGGAGGCAACCGUCUACGGUAUCUCAACGUCUCAUACAAUCGACUCUCCGGGGAAAUACCGCCGGGAUUCGCCGAUGAAAUCCCUGAGAACGCCUCCGUGGACCUCUCAUUUAACGACCUCAUGGGUCAAAUCCCUAACUUCCGGGUCUUCGAAAACAACGCAUUCAAGUCUUUCCUCGGCAACCCGGGUCUCUGCCGAUCCGACUCGACACAACAAUCCUGCCAAAAAUCCUCCCCUCCUCCGCCGCCGGCGCCGCAGACGACGGCGAACGUCUCCUCCCCGUCUUCUCCUCCCGCCUUAGCCGCUAUUCCGAAAACCAUAGGCUCAAAUCCCUUAACAGAUUACCCGAACGGUACGGAAUCCGGGUCAAACCCUAAACCGGGUCUGAAACCCGGGAUCAUCGUUGGAAUCAUCGUCGGAGAUAUCGCCGGGAUAGCGAUCCUGGGGAUCGUAAUUUUCUAUUUUUACCAGUCAAAGAAGAAGAGAAUCGUGGCGGAUACGCUAAAGCGAGAAACUAACGCCGUCAAAGAUACAUGGUCCACGUCAUCCUAUUCAUCCGAUUCCAAAGGCUUCGCGGGAUGGUCAUGUCUACGCAAAGCCGUUAACGGUGACGGUGACAACGAGUCCGAAACCACGGGAUCCGAACCCGACGAAGAAAACCGGGUUGGGCGAAAUCAACGGCGGGGAGAGAGCGAUCAGGACAAGAAAGGGACAUUCGUGAACGUUGUUGAUUCGGAGGAGCUCGAGCUCGAGACCCUUCUCAAAGCGUCGGCGUACAUUUUGGGAGCCACCGGUUCGAGUAUAAUGUACAAGGCGGUUCUUCAGGAUGGUUCGGCUGUGGCGGUUCGACGCAUCGGCGAGUCCGGCUUGGACCGUUUCAGGGAAUUCGAGACUCAGGUUCGAGCUAUCGCCAAGCUGGUUCACCCAAACCUGGUACGUAUUCGGGGAUUCUACUUUGGCACCGACGAGAAGCUCAUUAUCUACGACUUCGUUCCUAACGGCAGUCUCGCUAACGCCCGUUACAGGAAGGUGGGCUCCUCCCCUUGUCACCUACCGUGGGUGGCUCGGCUCAGGAUAGCAAGAGGGGUGGCGCGUGGGCUAACGUACAUCCACGAGAAGAAGCACGUACAUGGGAAUCUCAAGCCCAGUAAUAUUCUAUUGGGCUUUGAUAUGGAGCCCAAAAUAUCCGAUCUCGGCCUGGAGAGGGUUUUGACCGGGGACACGAGCUAUAGACCAGGUGGGUCGGCUCGGAUAUUCGGGAGCAAGAGAUCAACAUCAGCAUAUGAUUAUGGGCCAGGACCAAGCCCAAGCCCAAGCCCAAGUUCGGUCUGCUCGGCACCUUACAACGCCCCGGAAUCUCUCCGGACGUUGAAGCCUAACCCGAAAUGGGACGUGUACUCGUUCGGUGUGAUAAUGCUGGAGCUGCUGACGGGGAAGAUAAUAGGGGUGGACGAUGAAGGGCAGGCGAACGGGGUGACGGUGGAGGAGAAGGAGCGGGCCAUGAGGAUGGUGGAUGGGUCGAUACGGGCCGAGCUAGAGGGGAAAGAGGAGGCUGUUUGGGCCUGUUUUAAAAUGGGCCUGGCCUGUGCUUCUCCCAUCCCUCAGCGAAGGCCCUCCAUGAAGGAUGCCUUGCAUGUUCUGGACAGAUUUCCCCUCUCUCCCUUUUUUGGUCAAUAGUGAAUAAUAAUUAUUGUUAUGAGAUUUUAAUAACCCGAUAUUGUACUUAGAAAUUGACUAAUAGUUUGUGUUUUUCUUCUCUUCUUCUUUUCAUCGUUGAUUUUUUUUAAAUGAUGUGGACGUUUGUUCAAUUAUUGGAUUUAA